CCGAGUCCUGAAUAUGUGGGAGGAGCGCACCGCCCACAAAAAGCCACAGCUAUCUGUCUCCAGCUGCAAUUCUAAAAUUCAACUAUUAAAAUAGCCAUAAAAUAGUGGUAUUGAUGAGGGGUGUUUUUGCAUGAAGAUCGUUGGAAAGGCUUGUUGUACGUAGCGGCAGAAACAGCAGAGGCAGAAAGAGAGGAGAGAGGGCGAGGGGAGUUGGUCUGAUGGGUAAAUGGAAGUGGGUGGGCCUACCGCGGACACAUUACUAACUUGAAUUAGAAUACAUUUUUUCAGUCGAUUUUUCCGUUAAUGGAAUUAACGCGCGUUGGUCGUUAAAGGGUGUUUUCGGUUGGUUUUGAGAGGCGUCGGACGCGGAAACCGGACCGUUUCCCGUUAUCACGGGAGGUUUGAUUGUUGCUCGAGUUUUGUACCGCCCUUCCUGCCGAGUGGGUGGUUUAGGUGCUAACCGGAGCGACGACACAGCCCAGCUCGAGCUAUUCGCGGAGAAAAAAGGCCGUCCUUACCCGGUGCUUUAGCCGGCCUUUCUCCCCUAGCCUCUCCUCUCUGGUUUAUGAAUGCGUUAUGAGUGAUCAGAAGAAGGAAGUGUCGGGAUCAGAAGGAGGGAAACCAGGCAAGAAAGGCAAACGUUCUGGAUCACAGGAUUCCCAGCCGUCUCCCCUAGCCCUACUGGCUGCGACCUGCAGUAAGAUAGGAGGUCAGGGAGGAGUGGAAGGACAGGUCCAGUUGCAAGCUGGUCAAAUACAGUUGCAGGGUGGGCAGAUCCAGGGUCAUAUAGUUGUAGACGCAGCAGGUAAUCAGACUCUGGUUCAGCAGCAGUUAGAACUGGUUCCUGCCCAGUUCACUGGUAAUGGCUGGCAGAUCAUCACUACCGCUCCCCAAAUGGCCAAUGACACUGCCAAUCAACCUGUCGCCGUAACGCUGGCCACCACUUCAGCCAAUGACAGUGCUCCGGCAGGCCGUAAGGUGAAGGCAGUGUGCGGGACUAAAACCAUAGCAGCCAAUCAGCAGCCUCAGCAGCAGCAGCAGUUCCAGAUCAUCCAGGUGGGGGAUCACCUGGUAUUGGACCCACCCCCUGACGAAGGCAUAUUUUGCACCUGGAGAGACAAACAAUAA